UCCUCGAGGUGGACGGCGAGGUGCACCACACGGACCUCAGGCAGGCGCUGGAGAUGGCCGGCUACCAGAAGCCGGACCAGGAGUGCAUCGACGCGGCCAAGCUGAAGGUGACCCAGUGGUCAACGCUGAGCGCGGCGCAGUUCAACGAGUUCGCCAUCCACUUUGGGACAGAGACCGAGAGGCUCCAGGACAAGAUGUUCGUGCUCUUCGACACCGACGGGUCGGGGCAGAUCGACCGCCGCGAGCUGGAGGGCCUGCUGGAGCACUUCGGCGUGAUCCCCAUGCGGCACAUCCUCGACGAGGUGCUGGAGGAGGUCGAUGAGGACGGCUCUGGCAACAUCGGCCUGACCGAGUUCAGGAAGGCCUUCGACAUCCUUCUCAUGCGGGAGGGCUUCUCGCGCCAGGAGUUCCAGGACCUCGCCGACCUCUUCAAGAAGCUGGACCUCGACGGCUCUGGCGAAAUGGACAAGCGAGAGGUGACGGUGCUGCUCGGGUACUUGGACUACCGGCUUGACGCCGACGAGCGGGACAGGAUAAUGCAAGAGGUCGACACUGACGGGAGUGGGGAAUUGAGCGAGUUCGAAUUCUUGCUCUUCAUGAGGAAAUGCCGCGCAAUCGAGAUGAGGAAGCUUACAGAUGCCUUCAACAAAGUUGACUCUGAAGCGGACGGGGUGAUAUGCUUCGGGCAGUUGCUGCGCGUAUUCACCCAGAUGGGCUACGAGCCCGAUCCUGACGCCACGUGGGAGGCGGCCGAGGCCGUCGGCAUCCCCAGCGAGAAGGCCAACCUCGACACCAGUCACGUAUGGCAGGUGCUGACGGAGUGCCGCGCGCGCGAGUGGUUUUUCAGCGCCGAGCUGCAGCAGAUCAGCGAUGCGUUCGAGCAGGUCGACCUCGAGGGUCACGGCGAGAUAGAAGUCGCCCAGAUCGACAAGGCACUCCUCGCCGUGGGGCUUUCGCUCAGGUCCGAUCUGCUCCUGUACCUCGUGAGCAAGGUCGACCUGGACUGCUCCGGGCUGCUGAGCCAGAUGGAGUUCAGAAAGCUCAUCAGGCUAUACCAGUUAGGUCAAGCUCAGCUGAUGCGGGCGACCUUCGACGAUCACCUCGAUCAUGACAACUUCAGGCUCGGCAUCACCGACUCUUGGAAGGCCUUUGUUAGCCUGGGGCUCGUGUCAAAUACCGUCGACGACAUCAACAGAGUCCGAGCAAUGGGCGCGCUAGACUUUAAAGGCUUCCAGAGGGAGGCGCGCAUCUUGGAGAAGGAGCAGCAGCUGUUCCGACAGAACAACAGCGGCUUCUCCGAGCAGGCCGUCCGCGACCUCGCGAGGCGGUUCCGGCAGUUCGACUCCGACAACAGCGGCGCGCUCGAGAGCAAGGAGCUCGUCGCCCUCAUCGGGGAGCUGCUGCCUGGCGUCGCCACUGCGCCCGAGAAUCGGCCGACGCUGAUGAAGAUGAUGGAGGAGGCUCAGGGGCGCACCAGCCCCCUCACCGAGAGCGACAAGCUCGCGUACCGCGUGGCGGGCAUGCGGAGCACGCCCCGCCCGUCGGCAACGCCGAGCGCCGCCAGGUUCCACCAUUCGAGCCAGACCGAGCUGAACUUCCCGCAGUUCCUCAAGCUCCUCUCGCUUGUUCGCGUGUUCAAGCUCGAAAAGAAAAUCCAGAAGG